AUGGCCAAGUAUUUCAGCCUGGUGUUGCUCCUUGCCUCCACCUGCACCAUGAGGUUCCUGGUCCAAGGCUCUCUGCGAGUAGACGAAAUUUCCAUCGCAGGACCAUGCAGAAUUAUGGGGACCAAUCUUGUGGGGAGAAAGGCAAAGGAACAGCUGAAUUUCACAGAAGCCAAGGAGGCAUGUAGGCUACUGGGACUAACUCUGGCCAGCAAAACCCAGGUUGAAACAGCACGGAAGUUUGGCUUUGAGACUUGCAGCUAUGGAUGGGUUGAAGAUGGGUCCUCAGUGGUCAUCCCUCGGAUUGUCUCAAACCCCAAGUGUGGGAAGAAUGGGGUUGGUGUCCUGGCUUGGAAAGUUUCACCUCACCAAAGGUUCAGGGCCUAUUGUCACAACUCGUCUGAUAUUUGGAUUAACUCAUGCCUUCCAGAAAUUAUCACCAACGAUCCCAUACUCAACCCUCAAACUUCAACAUAUGCAACAGAAAUUAAUGUCAGUGACAGUACAUAUGCAACCUCACCCCCUUCUUCUGCCCCUGUUCUCACCACCGCCCCUGCUCGGGCUUCCACUUCUACUUCACGGAAACGAAAAUUAAUUUGUGUAACAGAAGUUCUGAUGGAAACUAGUACCAUGGGUACUAGUACAGAAAGUGACUCAUAUAUUGGAAGUAAAGCAGCAUUUAAGAAUGAAGCUGCUGAGUUUGGAGGUGUUCCCACAGCUCUGUUAGUGCUUGCCCUCCUCUUCUUUGCCGCUGCAGCUGGUCUCGCAGUCUGCUACGUGAAAAGGUAUGUGAAGGCCUUCCCUUUUACAAACAAGAGUCAGCAGAAGGAAAUGAUUGAAACCAAAACAGUGAAGGAGGAGAAAGUUGAUGAUAGCAACUCUACCGAGGAAUCAAAGAAAAUUGAUAAAAAGACAGAAGAGCCAAAGAGUCCACCUAAAACCACAGUGCGGUGCCUGGAAGCUGAAGUUUAG